AUGAAUAAAUCAUCACUUCUACAAACAUCUAUACUUUAUUCUCAGGUGGGUUCAGUGACUCGGCUCUUCACAAAACACCCGGACAUUGCAGUGAAUGUCAGACCAAAGAACCAAUUGGCGAAGACAACAUACAUGAAUCUCCUCCUCGGUCUCAUCAAAACACUGGACAAGCCUCUAAUUAGCAUUACCGACACAGAGCUAAGCAACGCUCACAGCGAGUUGAUCGAGCUAACCGACGUAGCCGGCUUCAAGCUAGACUGGUUGAAGACAAAGCUUGAUGAGAUGUCCUUGGAGAGGAAGAAAGCAAAUGCUGAUGGUUCUCGAGUCCGAGAACUCGAGGAUCAAAUCCAGAAUCUCAAAGCUGAACUGGACGAGGAGAAGGUCAAAUCUGCUAGUUAUGCUGCUAAAGUUUUGUCGCUGGAGAAGACCGUGUAG